AAAAUUCCCCACCCACCCAUCCACUAGCUUUCUUCUUCAUAAAUCACAAGCAAACCCUCCUUUCAAAUACUAACACAGUCCUACUCCUCACAGACCCACUCCUUGUUGCCUUAUCUCUCAUCGGAAAAAAAUGGUUGUGAAGGUAUACGGUACUGCCUAUGCUUCUCCCAAGCGAGUUCUCGUUUGCCUUAUUGAAAAGGGCAUCGAAUUUGAAGCGAUUCCUGUGGAUCUCAUCAAAGGGGAGCAUCGAAGCCCUGAAUAUCUCAAAUUACAGCCUUUCGGAGCGCUUCCUGUAAUUGAAGAUGGAGAUUACACCUUAUACGAAUCGAGAGCAAUCAUAAGGUAUUAUGCGGAAAAGUACAAGUCCCAAGGAACUGAUUUGCUUGGCAAGGACAUUGAAGAGAGGGGAUUAGUGGAGCAAUGGCUGGAGGUGGAGGCCCACAACUACCACCCUCAUAUUUACAACUUGACCCUUCACAUCCUUUUUGCCUCGGCUCUGGGAUUUCCUGCUGAUGAGAAGAUCAUCAAAGAGAGUGAAGAAAAGCUAGCAAAAGUGUUGGAUGUGUAUGAGGAGAGGCUCUCAAAGAGCAAGUACUUAGCUGGAGAUUUCUUUAGCCUGGCUGAUCUUAGCCACUUACCUUUUACCCAGUACUUGGUGGGUCCCAUGAAUAGGGAGCAUAUGAUUAGUAGUAGAAAGCACGUGAGUAGGUGGUGGACUGAAAUUAGCAACAGGCCAUCUUGGAAGAAGGUCCUCCAACUCUAAGACAGUAUAUGUUUAUGCAUGAUCAUGGAUGUCUAUGAUAAAUAAAUGUUGAGGACUGCUCUUUGUAUGUUUCGUGUUUUGUCCUUUGGGGGAGGGAGGGAGAGAGAUAUAAAGAAGAGAAAGGGGGAGAAGGUGUGUGCUGUAUUCUGGCCGUGUCCAAUUUGCCAUGUUGUGUUUCUUUUGCUAUGAUGAUAUGUAUUGGAUUUCAAUACUAUAAAAUAUUUGCACUUAUAUUUUGAUUCUAAAA